AUGCGUGGUGAAAUCUGUCACCUUCAUAUUGGCCAGGCUGGUACACAGCUUGGUAAUGCCGCGUGGGAGCUCUAUCUUCUCGAGCACGGUCUGACCCCCGAUGGACACUACAACGCUGAGCUCGGCGAGAAUGCUGCGGACCCCGGUCACUACGAUACCUUCUUUACCGAGACUUCUGGCGGCAAAUACGUCCCCCGCUCCGUCUUCGUCGACCUCGACCCGUCUCCCAUUGACGAGAUCCGUACCGGUACCUACCGUCAGCUGUUCCACCCCGAGCAGUUGAUCAGCGGCAAGGAAGACGCUGCAAACAACUAUGCUCGUGGUCACUACACCGUCGGCAAAGAGCUUGCCGAAGAAGUACUCGAGCGCAUUCGCCGGGUGGUUGACAACUGCUCUUCUCUUCAAGGUUUCUUGAUCUUUCACUCCUUCGGUGGUGGUACUGGUUCCGGAUUUGGUGCUCUCCUGUUGGAGCGUCUUGCCGCUGAGUAUGGAAAGAAGGCCAAGCUGGAGUUUUCUAUCUACCCUUCUCCCCGUGUGUCAACCGCCGUUGUUGAGCCCUACAACGCUGUCCUGUCUACCCACAGCACCAUCGAGAACGCUGACUGCACUUUCCUCGUCGAUAACGAGGCUGUCUACGAUAUUUGCCGCCGUAAUCUGAACAUCCCUCGCCCCGGAUUUGAGCACCUAAACCGUCUCAUUGCUCAGGUGGUUAGCUCUAUCACAUCCAGCUUGCGCUUUGACGGUUCCCUCAACGUCGACCUGAAUGAGUUCCAGACUAACCUCGUUCCCUUCCCCCGUAUUCACUAUCCUCUGAUCUCGUACGCUCCCGUCGUCUCCAGUGAGCGAAGUGGCCACGAGAGCUUCAAGGUCCAGGAUAUCACCUUCCAGUGCUUCGAGCCCCACAAUCAGAUGGUCGUCUGUGACCCCCAGAAGGGCAAGUACAUGGCCGUGGCUCUGCUGUACCGUGGAGACGUUGUGCCCCGCGACUGCAACAAGGCCGUCGCUGAUCUCAAGGCUAAGCCUUCUUUCAACCUGGUCGAGUGGUGCCCUACUGGCUUCAAGCUCGGUAUUAACUACCAGAAGCCCGUGCAAGUUCCCGGCAGCGAGAUGGCCGCCGUCGACCGCGCCGUCAGCAUGCUCUCAAACACCACCGCUAUCGCCGAGGCCUGGAGCCGUCUCGACCACAAGUUCGAUCUCAUGUACUCCAAGCGUGCUUUCGUCCACUGGUAUGUCGGUGAGGGUAUGGAGGAGGGUGAAUUCUCCGAGGCCCGUGAGGAUCUGGCUGCCCUCGAGAAGGAUUACGAGGAAGUUGCCGGUGAUACCUUUGAUGAUGAGGAGGACCUCGAGGCCGAGUACUAA